AUGUUGAACUUCAGGAAAACCAGGACGGCAGUGACGAUAGCCGUUGUCCGAUAUGCUGACAACCAGCUAACCACACUGCCACCCGCAAAUGGUCGCAGAAGAAGCGGGAACGGGAACAGGAGCGGGGUACAUAUAUAUCUACAAAGAUGGCAGCAUAAUGAUGAUGAUGAUGAUGAUGAUGUUUGGCAUGAAGGAGAGAGUGUGGCCCCUCGACAACGAGUGGUGCUCCAGGAGUCAUUAUUUGUUGCCUUGUUACUGAUGAAUUGUAGUGGCGUGGCAUCGAUUCCCUCUGUGGUAUUUCCUGGAACGGAAAGUUACUUCGAUGAAAUUGUUCCCUUUAAUGCAAACACUGAUGUUAUUUCAUGGGAUGGGAAUUGGAUAGAUUUUCUAAGUAAACUUUGCUUCCAACCGUUUAUGCAACACCGUUACAUCGUAAAAUCUCAUCAUCCACUGCUAACACCAUCUCAGUUACGUUUCUCUUCAUCAGCUGAUUUUCCACCAACACAGUUUGCUGCUCGAAAUUCAUUCUCAUCAUGA